AUGGCGGGCGUGAGCGGCAAGGUGUACGAUGCGGGCGGGGAAGAUGUUGGUAUUAGGACCAAAGUUAACGACCUGAACGUGUCCUCAAAGCGCGGCGUGGUGGAGGGUAUCGGACCGGAGUCGAAGAGACCAACGGGCACCUCGCAUCAAACCGGGCCCUCGACCCCGGACGAGAGUGCGCCGGCAUCGUUGACGAAGGUCAUGUCCCAAGGUAUUACCGUGGAUGACGAGGAGCAGUUGCACAACUCCGAUAAGGAGAACAUGACCGUGCCAGCGAAACUCGCGGGUCUCAACCUGCAGGACAUCGAGAGCUCAGAGCACGACGGCGACGACGACUUCGACGAUGGCGACUCGGUUGGCAACAUGCUGGACCGAAGCUACGACCUCGAUGGCGAUUUCGGCAGUCACGCCGGGACCAAUAUGGACGACAGUCACAACCUCGACGCCGACGACGAGGAAGAGGCAGAGCAGCGUCGCAAGAUGGACGCUGACCUGGAGAUGAACCUUCGACGCGCUGAGCUCCGCCAUGUCGAGCUGGAGCUGAAGCUCGUGUCCGCAGAAGAAGAAGUUCGCAAGGCAAAGGAAGCCCUCGAAAAAGCAGAGGCCGAGCAACAGGAAAUGCAGCGACAGGCGCACGAAGCGUGGGAAGAGGUUGGAGAGGCUGAACGCCUCAUACAGGUUGAGCAAACACGCAGGGAAGAGGAGGACGCCGCCAAAGCCUUGGCUGAGAGACAGGCUCGCGCCAUCAUUGAGGCCGAUGAGCUGAGGCAGCAGGGCAAUGAGGCUUAUCGACAAGGCAACAGCCAACAUGCCGAGACAUACUAUAAGCGAGCGAUAGAUGAGCUCGAGUCUUGCGGUAUCGUGCUGGAGGAGCCAAGUCACCUCACGUUACGCACCAAUCGCGCAGCUGCUUUGAUGGCUCUUGGUCACACGCGGGAUGCACUCAGUGAGUGUGAACUGGUCCUCGAGAUAAACCCGUACAACAUACGGGCUCUCUCCCGCGCAGCGAACUGCUGCAUUAAACUUGGUGAUCUCGAUGCGGCUAAGAAACAUGUGGACGAGAUAGGCCUCUCCCCUGACGCCACUGAGGAGGAUAUUCAUGCGGCAAGCGAACAAAAUCAGAAGAUCUUGGUCGCUUCGGUUGAGCGGGAUAGGUUGGUUGGCAACGAAUCCUACCGUCGCGGUGACUACUCGGGUGCGCUUCACUGGUACGAUGCGGCCAUCAAUGCCGCCGCUGACGCCAUUGAAACCGAUGCGCUGAAGUCUGUCAAGGUUGGUCUUCACACGAAUCGUGCGGCUGCACACCUCAUGGAGGGCAAUCCUCUGCCUGCGGCAGAGGAUUGCUGCGCUGCACUUCGACUUGAUAGCACGCACACAAAAGCGCAAGUUCGGCUGGCGCGUUGCUUACUUCAGCUCGGUGACUUCUCAGAGGCGCGUCAGGAAGCCUCAGACGUCAUUGCGCGGAAUAGUGCAGAGCUUCAAUCAAAGAACGAAGCGCAGAAUGUGUUGAAGGAUGUUGACUUGCUGGAGGGUACGAUGAAAUCUGUCGGGGAUGAGCUUCAAAGGAUUCAGAUGACACUGCGGACUGGUGAUGGCGGCGACGAUUUCGACGCAACAUCUCUCGCCAAAAGCAUGCUGGACGAGCUGGAAACAAUCAUGGUGAUCGCUCCCCAAGUUCCAGAUCUCGUCACUCUCAAAGCGGAGGCGUUGAGACUUGCGGGCAAGUUGGAGGAGGCUCUGUCCCUUGUUUCGGGUAAGAAGGCGAUGAAUUCGCGUCGUCGGUUCAUCGAAGUUCGUCUUCAGUUCGACCUCGGUAAUGUAUCGGCUUGUGUGGAGGCUGGCGAACACGUCAGAGAACUGCUUCAGAUGGUCCCUGAAUUCAAACUUACCCUCAAAGCUGCGAUGGAGAACAAAGACGAUUCUGUCGCAGACGAUGACGAAAAUAUCAAGGAGCUCGCAUCUCUUCCUGAUCCGGAAGGUAUGCUGAUUCUGCUCCAAAAUGCGUCGAAAAUAAACACAUGCAAGGACAACGGCAGAGAAGCUUUUGUGCAGAGUAAGCACUCGGAAGCGGCAAAAUUAUAUGGAGAAGCCUUGGUCCUGUCUGCCGGAGCGCCAAUGCUUGAGGGGCUUUUCCUGUCCAACAUAUGCGCCUGUGAGCAAGCCAUGAGUAAAUACGCAGAUGCGCUAUCAUCUGCAGGUACCGCUGUUGCCAUCGCGCCCACUUUCGUAAAAGCACACAGCCGUCUGGCAACACUGUAUACGGAGCUCGGUAUGCUCACUGAAGCAGAAGCGGCGUACAAAAGGAUGUUGGAGAUGCCUUUGGAGAGCCACGAGGAAAUGCAAGCGAGUGCAAACCUUGCUUCGGUGAGUGCUCGUGCAAAGAAUAGCCGGCCCGUGAACUGGUAUAAGUUGCUCGGCAUCAAAUCAUCCGCAAGUGCCGCCGAUAUCAAGAAAGCUUAUAGACAGCUUGCUCUCGUGCACCACCCCGACAAAGCUGGUAGAGGGGGGGUAAGCGCGGCAGUGGCAAAAGCACGUGCGGACAUGUCCAGCAUUUUAUUCAAACUCGUGGGGGAGGCUCAGCGUAUCCUCACAAACCCUGCGGAGAGAUCUAAGUGGGAGAGUGCACAGGCGCGAGCAGAUCAUCAGGAUUCCUACUUGUCGCGCGCACACACAACUGCCCGAAGUGAUUUCUAUGCAGAUCAAUUUGGGGAUCGAUAUGAGCGGUACGCUUCGCAGUACGCUGACUUCUAUGAUGAAUACGAAGGCUUUGAUGACGGGGGUUAUUAUGGGGUCUAA